AUGGGGGAUCCCGGUGGCCUCGGCGGGAGUGGGGGUGGAGAUGGAGCGGAGCUACUGCUCUUGCCGGAGUCCGGCGAGAGGAAGCUUCCCUGGCGGUUGAACUUCGAGGGAUUCCAGCGGUCUGAGCCGGCGCAGGAGAAGCACGCGCGUGGGCUCCAUUACUGCCUCGGUGUCGUAGGUCUGAAUCUUGCUGUCUCUCUUCGGGUAUCCGUCGUCAAUCGUCUUUGAGCACCCACCGGAUGAACUCUUGUUCUGACAUGAGACUUCAGCGAGUGUACCUUCGUUGUCUUUAGUCGUCGAGAUUCUGUUUUCUUUCUAUUCCAGCCGUUUCUCGAUUAUGAUUCUGUCUCGCCGUUGCCGGCGUGUACUCUGUGACAGUUCUUUUGUUGGCACGAUCACGAAACCUGGUUUUCGUCCACGUGCUCGUGUUAAACUAUUCAUCAUAAAAAAAAAACGUUUUAAAACUGCUCGUGUUGCUACUAUUGAUUUGCAUGCUAAAUUGCAUCGUGAAUGUUGGUAAGGAAAUGUAUCCGAUUGUAUCUGAUCGGGCCUAACGCUGAGUAAACUGGCCGAUCCUGAGUUCUGGCCUCUCUUCUAAGUUUUCUAUCACGCACAGGCCGUUUCAAUGAAAAAUUACUAGUCUACUUAAUAUAGUGGAAUAGGUGGAUAACCAAUUAAGCAUUUGGAUAAUUAAAUUAGGAGACAUAGACAUACAACCGAACAUUCUGUUCGUAAAUCAAAUGAGAGACAAUCAUUUCCGAAUUCAUUUCUCGGAUUUUUUUUGUGUGCGCAAAUUUUCCAUGUUUCGUGUACAGCUGUUAUGUUUUUCUAUUGAAUGCUGGCGAGCUUCGCCUGUAUAAAUAUAAUUCAUCACAGAAGCCUUGGACGAUAUGAUCUAAAGCUACUCGCUUGAAAAUUAGGAGGUGCAGAUCGCAUUAAAGACUAUUAUCGGCAGCAAGUGGAGAUGUUGGAGGGAUUUUCUGAAAUGGACAUCUUAGCCGAUCGAGGGUUUAUUCCCGGAAUAUCUAAGGUUUGCGACAUUUUGACGUUGUUGCCUUCCCCUAUUGGAAAAUUCAUCGAUCAACUGACAGAGAGCACUUUUUCAAUGUGUUCUCGCGUUUUUUUUCUAUAACAUGAUUCUGAUUCUUUUUCUAGGAGGAAAAAGAAAAUACUGCAAGAAGUGAGGGUGCUGCAAUAUGGAUUUCAAAUAUAGCAAACAUGGUUCUCUUUGCAGCAAAAGUUUAUGGCUCUAUCAGGAGCGGAUCUUUGGCGGUCAUAGCAUCCACAUUGGAUUCUCUUCUUGAUCUCUUAUCAGGAUUUAUUCUUUGGUUUACAGCAUUGUCUAUGCAAACUCCGAAUCCUUACCAAUACCCAAUCGGGAAAAGGCGCAUGCAGCCACUGGUAAGUUCAUUCUUUAAUUAUUCUGCAUGUGGCUGAUUUCACUAGCUCAUAUUUAUCAUUGUUGAGAGCAUCUUUCCAGUCUUCAUCAUUUUUAGUAAUCUUGCCAUAUGUAUCCUUUAUAAACUCGUAUCAAGGAAUGUUUGUGGGUUUAAGCCUUUGGCUUCAAGUCCAAACAUACUUUUUGUACACCAUACCAGAUGCUUUGAUGAACAUCACCCAAGUUAGACAUCACCCAAGUUAGUUCUGGAACAGAAAGAAACUUGAGUCCAUUAAGCGAGAUCUCAGUAACUCUUUUUCCCAUCGGUUUGUAGAGAAUAGUAGAUAAUAUUACUCACCGUAGUUAAGUAUAUGCAAGCAAUCUCAUGUGGAAACAACCAAUGAUACAGUGGGGAUUUGAUUGUGUGAACAUGGAAAUUUUAGUGUUUCAGUUCUGAUAGAAAUCUGAAAAACGCAGGGAAACUUUUUGUUUUGUUUCGUUGCUUGCGUAAUUGAUUACAAUUAUCUUUGGCCACACUACAGAGAUUCAAAUCCAUAAUGGGUAUGGAUUUGCAGAAUUCAAAUUAAUGAAUUCCAGCCACAUGCCCAACUAAGCUGGAUAUACUGCUCGUGUGCUCUGGACUUUUGUGUCUCAAAACAUAGGGAGAAGAUCUGAACUGUACGAAGGACCUAUUAUGAAAUUCAUCCGGUUUUUUUACCUUUGGUCUCCUUGAACGAGUAAUGUUCUGCAAGCUAUCAUGGCAAACUUUACCGUUUUGGGUAAUUUAAUUCCACAUUUAGGAUGAAAACCUAAAUUUUUUGUGCAGGGUAUAUUGGUAUUCGCCACUGUUAUGGCGACGUUGGGUCUACAGAUAAUACUGGAGUCUGUCCGAUCAUUAAUUUCUGACGUAUGGAAGUCUUCCCUCAUCUUUAUUCAUUGAUUUCAUUGAUCAUCCGUAUUAAAUAUACUUUCUCUGUGAUCUGAGUUAGGAUGAUUCGUUCAGCUUGAAUGAGGACCGACUCCGCUGGAUCAUUGACAUCAUGCUAUCAGUGAUUCUUGUGAAGCUCGCCCUGGUCAUCUACUGCCGUUCAUUCACCAACAAGAUUGUCAAAGCCUAUGCUCAGGACCACUUCUUUGAUGUCGUCACUAACAUCAUCGGCCUCUUAGCUGCCCUCCUCUCCAGCUAUGUGAGACAUUGGAUCGACCCUGUAGGAGCCAUUAUUGUAAGCACAUCCCCUAUAACCUUCUUCCUUAAUUUAUUUUGUCUGAAAUUUAUCACUGUCGUAUGACAUGUUGACCGCCUGCUAUCACAGCUAUCAUUGUACACAAUCCGGACCUGGUCAACAACGGUGCUGGAAAAUGUCAACUCUCUGGUUGGCUGCACGGCGGCGCCGGAUUACCUGCAGAAGCUGACGUAUCUGUGCUGGAACCACCAUGAGGCCAUAAAGCACAUCGACACUGUCCGAGCCUACACGUUUGGCUCUCACUACUUUGUGGAGGUGGACGUCGUGUUGCCGUCUGAGAUGCUGCUGAGACAGGCUCACGACAUCGGGGAGACCCUGCAGGAGAAACUCGAGUCCCUGCCGGAGAUCGAGCGAGCCUUCGUACACCUUGAUUACGAGUUCACCCACAGACCAGAACACGCCCUUGGGCGACUCUUGUAG